GCAAGUCAGAGGCGCCACCCAUGCUGACAAGGAUGAUAGCCUAAGCCUCGAGGGGUGGUAAUGGGCGUGCGUGUUGACGACGGACAAUGGUCAGUCAGCCUGGCCUGCUUAUUUCCCGUCCUUACUUGGGGCGCCGUGGCCGCAUUGAUCGCCAGCAGUUGGGUCUCGCAAACGGCAGCAGUUGGAGGUAUAAGCAGCCGUCACGCCACGAUCUCACAUACGCUACCAAAGAAGUCAGUUGACAGCGCGAGGGGUCCAAUCGCAAGGGACCCAAUGAGACGGAUGGAUAUUCAUCCCACACACUACCAGCAUGAGGCAGCAGCUAUGCAUUCUUGGUCUUUUCAGUUGGCUCGCAGAUCCGAGUCUGCAGACGACAACAAAAGCCGGAAAGGGGUAUGUAUCAACAAAACAGAAGACAACAGGUAGGUAGGUCGGUAGGCAGUAGAGAACGAAGAAGGAAAGGCGGAUGCGUGCAGCAGCCAAGCCGGCGGCUACGCCGAACGGACGUCGAUUGCCAAGUCUGGUGACGACCUGACCGCCGGCAGGUUCUUUCUGAGCAUGAAGCUCAAACGGAGACUGGGCCGCGUCUCAGCCAGAAGAAUAUCCAGGAGGUCAGACGGUGGGGGCUCCUGCAUGAAACAAAGAAGAACAAACUGGCUGGUAAGUAGGUACGUAGUAGUAGUAUCCAUCCAUGCCUGCUGUUCCUUAAG